GAACCAUUUGGAAGUGUGUACUGCUACAACAGAACUGGUGAACUUAUAAAGGUUUCCACUGGUUAUGUAUUCCCUAAUGGUAUAGCAGUACAACAUAAUAAAGAUGGCACUCCAAUGAAACUGAUAUUUGGAGUCGCCAGAAACGCCACUCUCUGGAGCUUCGAUAUCGUUGGCCAUUGUCAGAUAGAAAAAAAGAGAGUUUGGGGAAAUCUUCCAGCCAACAGUAUUCCAGCAGGUAUGGAUUUUGAUGAAGAUGGAGACCUUAUUGUUGCAGACUAUAACUCUGGCCAUCUGUAUGUCUUCGGGCCUGGUGGAGGUGCACCGGUGCGUGUAGUAAAGACCCCCUUUGUGUACGUCACAAAUAUUCAGUUCAGGCCUAACUCAACAGAGUUGUAUAUCACUGAGAACGAGUCCAAUAGUUUGUGGAAGAUUCAGUGGAAGAGCAAGGGAAUGGAGCAGUAUUGCGAGAGACCCUAGAGGAGUCACAGAUGUAUGAGAGGAUGUAGGCGUUAGAUAAUAUGAGUGUAAUUCAGAUCAUUAAAUGUUGUUUCUAUAUGUACAUUUCGUACUUGUGUUGCACUGAAGAAUUACUUCUAGUACAUCUAUUAUGUUUAAUUUAAUAAAAGUAUUGUAAG